AGUGAUAAAGGCUAUCGAGGUGGGAAGAACAACUCAGGAAAGGUUUGUUUCCCUUUGAGAAGAGAAAAGCCAGGGAACACCGAUGAUCUAAGAAAUACGAACGCUGAUACUUGAUUCGUUUUGUGAUCCUGCCUUUCUGCCCAGCUGGACCUCGGUGACGCUCUCCAUUCUUCCACAUUGGAGAACAUUUUUCUUCGUAUGUGGAGCUGAGACCUGGGAAUGCGUUAUUAUGGCAGCAGUUGUACAGCAGAAUGAGCUUGUGUUUGAAUUUGCCAGCAACGUCAUGGAGGAUGAGCAGCAGCUUGGUGAUCCGUCUAUUUUCCCUGCUGUCAUCGUGGAGCAUGUUCCUAGUGCAGACCUCCUACAUAACUAUUCUGGUUUAACCUGCGUGGAUGAACCUAGUGACAUGAUCACUGAGAGCUCUCUGGACGUCGCAGAAGAGCAAAUCAUAGAAGAUGAUGAUAUCACCCUCACAGUUGAAGCAUCUUGUCAUAAUGGAGAUGAAACAAUGGAAACAAUCGAGGCUGCUGAAGCACUUCUCAAUAUGGACUCCCCUGGUCCUAUGCUGGAUGAAAAAAGAAUAACAACUAUGUUUGGCACAACUGAAGAUGAUGAUAUGGUGGCUCCUAUUACACACGUGUCAGUCACACUUGAUGGGAUCCCUGAGGUGGUGGAAGUUCACCAAGCUCCAGACCGUUACGCUGAAUCACCAGAGACUCCAGAAUUUGAACAACCGAAGAAGAAAAAAGGGAAGAAGCCGAAACCAUCUCGUCCUGAGUCCCCUACCACAACUCCAAACAUAUCUGUGAAAAAGAAAAACAAAGAUGGAAAGG